UUCCAUAGACUGAUGCAGGCUUGAGCGAAGAAAGAAACCUGAGUAGGCUAGCCUUUACUGCCUGCCUCAAGGCUGCAGAACAGUUAAUGUGUCCAUAAAAAUGGCUGCUGCAUUUAUUCAACAAAAUUAAGAUACUGAGCAGCAUACAUCGCCACGACUUGGCUUAUUGCUGGGAAAGGGAUGUCCACUCCAGAUCCUCCAGAGGGAGGAACGCCCAGGCCGGGCCCUUCUCCGGGUCCAGGGCAGUCCCCCGGCUCCACCCACAGCAUGAUGGGCCGCAGCCCGGGACCGCCCACCUCCUCGGCCCACACCAUCCCACCCUCGGGCCCGCCGGGCUUCACCCAGGAGAACAUGCACCAGCUCCACAAACCUGGGGAGGGUCCGCUGGAGAAGAACAUGGCUGAGGAUCCUCGCUUCGGCCAGAUGAAGGGGAUGUCCAUGAGGCCUGGAGCCCAUGGGGGUAUGGGGCCUCCUCCAAGCCCCAUGGACCAACACUCCCAAGGUUAUCCGUCUCACAUGAGUGGCUCAGAGCACGGCUCUAGUCCGGUAUCCGGCAGCGGUCCUCCUUCAGGUCCUCUCCUGCCCUCCUCGUCCUCUUCCUCCUCUUCCUCCUCCGGGGCCGGUUCCGCCGCCAUGGAAACGCCCGAGUCCCAGAUGCCCAUGAGCCAGCCGGGCCGCUCCGUGGUGUCCAUGGCCGGCCCCAGCGGCGUCGGCGGGGGACCGGACGGCCCGUGCGGACCCACCCCCUUCAACCAGAACCAGCUGCAUCAGCUGCGGGCCCAGAUCAUGGCCUACAAGAUCCUGGCCCGCGGGCAGCCCCUGCCCGACCACCUGCAGAUGGCGGUGCAGGGCAAGCAGCCCAUGCCUGGCAUGCAGCAGCAGACCAUGCCCAGCAUCCCGCCCUGCGCCGGGGCGCCCACAGGCCCGGGGUCCAUGGGCACGGGGUUCAGCAGAGCUCACGGGAUGGUUGGGCCCAACAUGCCCCCGCCGGGUCCCUCUGGGGUUGCUAACAUGCAGGGCCAGCCCCCCAGCGGACCCCCAAAAAACUGGCCCGAGGGUCCCAUGGUUAAUGCUGCCACGCCCUCCAACGCCUCCCAGAAGCUGAUCCCCCCGCAGCCCACGGGCAGACCCUCCCCCACGCCCCCCUCCGUGCCCUCGGCCGCCUCCCCCGUCAUGCCCCCCCAGACCCAGAUGCCCGGGCAGCCGUCCCAGCCCACGCCCAUGCAGGUGUCCAUGCACCAGAAGCAGAUCCGCAUCACGCCCAUACAGAAGCCCUGCGGCCUGGACCCAGUGGACAUCCUGCAGGAGAGAGAGUACAGACUGGAGGCUCGCAUCACACAUCGGAUCCAGGAGCUGGAGAACCUCCCCGGUUCCCUGGCUGGGGACCUGCGCACCAAAGCCACCAUAGAGCUCAAAGCUCUGCGCCUCCUCAAUUUCCAGAGACAGCUGAGGCAGGAGGUGGUGGUGUGCAUGCGGCGUGACACGGCCCUGGAGACGGCGCUGGACGCGCGGGCCUAUAAGCGCAGCAAGAAGCAGUCCCUGCGCGAGGCCCGCAUCACCGAGAAGCUGGAGAAGCAGCAGAAGAUCGAGAGGGAGCGCAAACGCCGCCAGAAACACCAGGAGUAUCUGAACAGUAUCCUGCAGCAUGCCAAGGACUUUAAGGAGUACCACCGCUCCAUCACGGGCAAGAUCCAGAAGCUGACCAAGGCCGUGGCCACCUACCACGCCAACACGGAGCGCGAGCAGAAGAAGGAGAACGAGCGCAUCGAGAAGGAGAGAAUGAGGAGACUGAUGGCUGAGGAUGAGGAGGGCUACCGUAAGCUCAUCGACCAGAAGAAGGACAAGCGGCUGGCCUACCUGCUGCAGCAAACAGACGAAUACGUGGCCAACCUCACCGAGUUGGUCCGUGCCCACAAAGCCGUGCAGGCCCUCAAGGGCAAGAAGAAGAAGAAGAAGAAGAAGAAGACGAAGGUGGAGAACGCUGAGGGGCAGCCAGGAGUGGGGCCUGAUGGAGAGGUUCCCUGUCCCUCUGUCCCCGGUUCCCUGCAGCCACUGGAUGAGACCAGCCAGAUGAGCGACCUGCCGGUGAAGGUGAUCCACGUGGACAGCGGGAAUAUCCUGACUGGCGGGGAGGCCCCCAAGGCUGGGCAGCUGGAGACCUGGCUGGAGAUGAACCCAGGCUAUGAAGUGGCACCCAGGUCAGACAGUGAGGACUCUGGCUCUGAUGGAGAGGAGGAGGAAGACGACGAGCAGCCUCAGUCCUCCCAGGCUACUGCGGACGACAAGAAGAAGAUCACUGACCCCGACUGCGAAGACGUGUCUGAGGUGGACGUCCAAAACAUCAUCGAGGAGGCUAAGCAGGAUGUGGAUGAUGAGUAUGGCAGUGCAGCCUUUGCGCGCGGCCUGCAGUCCUACUAUGCCGUGGCCCACGCCGUCACAGAGAAGGUGGACAAGCAGUCCUCUCUGCUGGUCAACGGGCAGCUCAAGCACUACCAGAUCCAGGGUCUGGAGUGGCUGGUGUCUCUGUACAACAACAACCUGAACGGCAUCCUGGCUGACGAGAUGGGCCUGGGCAAGACCAUCCAGACCAUCGCCCUCAUCACCUACCUCAUGGAGUGCAAGCGCCUCAACGGCCCCUUCCUCAUCAUAGUGCCCCUCUCGACGCUCUCCAACUGGGUGUAUGAAUUUGACAAGUGGGCUCCAUCUGUGGUGAAGGUCUCUUACAAGGGGUCUCGUACUGCACGGAGAGCAUUUGUCCCUCAGCUGCGCAGUGGCAAGUUUAAUGUGCUGUUAACCACCUAUGAGUACAUUAUCAAAGACAAGCAAGUUCUGGCCAAGAUCCGCUGGAAGUACAUGAUCGUGGACGAGGGCCACCGCAUGAAGAACCACCACUGCAAGCUGACGCAGGUGCUCAACACGCACUACCUGGCCCCGCGCCGAGUCCUCCUGACGGGCACGCCGCUGCAGAACAAGCUGCCCGAGCUCUGGGCGCUGCUCAACUUCCUGCUGCCCACCAUCUUCAAGAGCUGCAGCACCUUCGAGCAGUGGUUCAACGCGCCCUUCGCCAUGACCGGAGAGAAGGUGGACCUGAACGAGGAGGAGACCAUUCUCAUCAUCCGGCGUCUGCACAAGGUGCUCCGCCCCUUCCUGCUGAGAAGGCUGAAGAAGGAAGUGGAAGCUCAGCUUCCUGAGAAGGUGGAGUAUGUGGUCAAGUGUGACAUGUCCGCCCUGCAGAGGGUGCUGUACCGACACAUGCAGGCCAAAGGAGUCCUGCUGACCGACGGCUCUGAGAAAGACAAGAAGGGCAGAGGAGGCACCAAGGCUCUGAUGAACACCAUUGUGCAGCUGAGGAAGAUCUGCAACCACCCCUACAUGUUCCAGCAGAUCGAGGAAUCCUUCUCUGAGCAUCUGGGCUUCUCUGGUGGCUUUGUUCAAGGCCCCGACCUGUAUCGCGCUUCGGGGAAGUUUGAGCUGCUGGACCGCAUCCUGCCCAAGCUGCGGGUCACCAACCACAAGGUGCUGCUCUUCUGCCAGAUGACCUCCCUCAUGAACAUCAUGGAGGACUACUUUGCCUAUCGCAAUUUCAAGUAUCUGCGUCUGGAUGGCACCACUAAGGCGGAGGAUCGCGGCAUGCUGCUGAAGACCUUUAACGACCCCGCCUCCGACUACUUUGUCUUCCUGCUCAGCACCAGGGCCGGGGGCCUGGGCCUCAACCUGCAGUCGGCCGACACUGUGGUCAUCUUCGACAGCGACUGGAACCCACACCAGGACCUGCAGGCCCAGGACCGCGCCCACCGCAUCGGGCAGCAGAACGAGGUGCGCGUGCUGCGCCUCUGCACGGUCAACAGCGUGGAGGAGAAGAUCCUGGCCGCCGCCAAGUACAAGCUCAACGUGGACCAGAAGGUCAUCGAGGCCGGCAUGUUCGACCAGAAGUCGUCCAGCCACGAGCGCCGCGCCUUCCUGCAGGCCAUCCUGGAGCACGAGGAGCAGGACGAGUUCUUCUAUCAUACCCAGAAUAUAGGCAGGGCAAGGCAAGGCAAGGAGGAAGACGAAGUCCCUGAUGAUGAGACCCUCAACCAGAUGAUCGCCAGGAGUGAAGACGAGUUUGACCAUUUCAUGAGGAUGGAUCUGGACCGGCGGCGGGAGGAGGCGCGGAACCCCAAGCGCAAGCCGCGCCUGAUGGAGGAGGACGAGCUGCCCGGCUGGAUCCUGAAGGACGACGCCGAGGUGGAGCGCCUCACCAACGAGGAGGAGGAGGAGAAGAUGUUCGGCCGCGGCUCACGCCAGCGCAGGGAGGUGGACUACAGUGACACGCUCUCCGAGAAGCAGUGGCUGAAGGCCAUAGAGGGCGACACGCUGGACGAGGCCGAGGAGGAGGUGCGGCACAAGAAGGCCACCCGCAAGAGGCGACGGGAGCGCGACCUGGACACGCCGGGCCCGUCCACGUCGGGGGGCGGACGAGGCGGCGGGAGGGAGCGGGGCAGGGACAGGGAGCGGGAGAGGGAGCGGGAGCGGGACAGGGACGACGAGGGCAAGAGGCAGAGGAGACGAGGGAGGCCCCCCUCCGAGAAGAUCUCGCCCAACCCCCCCACCCUCACCAAGAAGAUGAAGAAGAUCGUGGAGGCCAUCAUCAAGUACAAAGACAGCAGUAAUGGCCGUCAGCUGAGCGAGGCGUUUAUCCAGCUGCCCUCCCGGAAGGAGCUGCCUGAGUACUACGAGCUCAUCCAGAAGCCCAUGGACUUCAGAAAGAUCAAGGAGAGGAUCCGCAGUCACAGGUACCGCAGCCUCAACGACCUGGAGAGAGACGUGAUGCUGCUGUGUGAGAACGCCCAGACCUACAAUCUGGAGGGCUCUCUGAUAUACGAAGACUCCAUAGUCCUGCAGUCUGUGUUCACCAGCCUGCGGCAGAAGAUCGAGAAGGAGGAGGAGCGGGAGGGGGAGGAGAGCGAGGAGGAGGUGGAGGCCGAGGAAGGCUCCGAGUCGGAGGUGCGCUCGGUGAAGGUGAAGAUCAAGCUGGGCCGUAAGGAGAAGGAGAAGCCUGCAGAGAGAGAGAAGAGUCGCAGGCGGGGCGGCCGCACCCGGGCCAAACCCGUAGUGAGUGACGACGACACUGAGGAGGAGCAGGAGGAGGAGCCCUCUGCUGCUGCCAGUGAAGAGGACUGAGAUGCCACAGCAGUUCUCCCCAGAGACAGACAGACAAGACAGACAGACAGACAGACAGACAGACAAGACAGGACAAGACAGGAGAGACAGACAGGAGGACAGAGGUAGUGGCACGUGGCACCGUCAAACCCAGACUAAAUCAUCAGCUGUGUUCGUUUUCUUUUCUGUGUCACUCGCAGAGUGAGACUCAAGCAGAGGAUUCUGAUGGGAAAGGGAAAGGGACAUCACACACACACAGACACACACACACACCCACGAAAGAUAGAGAUGUGUGGUCCAAUGGUCACCUCGUGCAGGUUUCUCUUCGAGAGAACAGGUGGGAACUGGAUGUUGGUAGUUGUUGAGGUGAGGUGAGGUGCUAAGGGUCUGUCCCAGACACUGUGGAAACUAAGGGAAUAGAUGGUGUACAGAGAAUGGGACGGCUCAGGCCACGUGAGCCUGUCAUAGUGUGCAUAUAUCAUUUAGCUGCUCUCUAGCACUUCAAGUGUAGCUUUAACUUUAACACCUCAUCCUGCGCUCAGAGACCAUUAAAAAAAACGAAAAAACUAAACGGAGACUGUUUAAACCACCAAAUGUCAGCGAUUUCUGCAGCUCUACUGCCUCCAAUUGAAAACGGACUGAUUCUUGUCCUUUUCUCUCAUUAAACAAGUCAAGCACAUUACGGCAAGCUGCUGAGGAUCUGAGAAUGUAAAAAUACAAACGUGCUGACGUUUCGCCUUUGCUUCGAUGCUAAGUGACGUUGGGGCGAAUUGAGGUGGUGCUCUCAAGGCAUCCGAGCGACCUCCGAUCGAUUCAGAGCAUCCAUAUUGGUUUUUAAGACUGUCAAUAUUGGGUUUUCUCCCGAGUGGCGUUUCGGAUAGAGAGAGAGAGAGAGAGCAGCUCUUCCACAUUACACGUUUCCCACCCAAAUCCCCUGCUGGAGACUCCUCCUCGAGUGGUAACCAAGCCAAACUGUAACUCAAGUGACUGUUGUGUUUUUAGUUAGACAAAAGAGGCGCACGGAUGUAGAUGUUUGUACAGAAACCCUAGUGUAGACAUAGGAGCACUCCCCAGUGAGGUGGUACCGCAUCGCCCUUUUUCAACCCUCCGCUUACCCUCAGUGCACCCCAGAAUCAGCUCAGUAGCUUUGUGUGAUGUCCCCUUUGUUUCCGCGGCAUGUGUGUAUGCGUGUGUGUGUGUGUGUGUGUGUGUGUGUGGGUGUGUGUGUGGGUGGGUGGGUAUGUGUGUCUAUGUUUUUAUUAGAGAUGCUUAGAUGCUAGCAACCCCCCAGGGGUCAUUUCUUAAGAUCAUUUAUAUCCUGUGUUGUAACCAAUGUCACAAGAAGUUUAAGACCUGCAAUAAAACGUAAUGACAGUGUU